AUGGCCACAUUCUUCCAGAAUGGUAUGGACCUCAAGGAAGCCAUCACCCAGGCCAAGCAAGGGGACAUCAAAUGUCAACAGAGCCUCCCAGCUGUUGCCCACUAUGUCCAAAGAUUUGCUGGAGGCCCCAACUUUCCAUUGAUCCAUUUCUUGGGCAAAUUUGGCAAGCUGAUUGGUGGCACCUUGUUAUUGGGAGGUGAUUUCUUCCAUGCUUUGGCCCACACUGAUUUCAAGGUCAGUGGCCAAGUCUUUCCCAUGGUGAGAAUGGGUCUGUGGGCCACCAUGCUGACCAACCCACAAAAAUGUCAAGAUGGGUUCGCCAAAGUGUUCACCAAGGCAGACAUUGAAAAACUCAGAAGCCACCUGUCCAUUGAGAAAACCAAGCAGGCUGAGACCAUGUUGGCCAAAGCUUGGGAAACAUACCAGGAGUUGGUGACCAAGAAUAGCCAAAUGGAGCUCCACUACACCAAGUGCUUUGGUAAGUUCACAGUGGGGCUCUUGUUGUUCCUCACCCAGAAGCAAGAGGUGUCCAAGGAAGCCAAGUCAUGGGACUCCAUGGAGGACAUUUUGAAAGCCUUCACUGAAGAGGCUCAGAACCCACCUGCUUCAUCUUCGACUGGCCCAGGGGAGCCAGCCACAGCAGGCCCUUUGGAAGUGAAGGACGUGUUGAAAGCCAGCCCCAAAGAGAUUGCCCAACUCCAAAACCAGCACUUGAAGAUUGGCUCAAGCUAUGUCAAUUACAAAGAAUAUGGCACCCAGGUUUGGGAGCUCAAGAGCAUUAAUGACCAGCAUGCCAUCUUUGAGCACAGUGCACUUUUUGAGCAUCCACAAUCCUUGGAAGUGGACCAUGAGGAGUUGAAGAAAUGGAAAGCCACCAAGACUCCAAUGCCAAAGCUGUGUCCACCUCAUUAUUGCAAGGCUGCUGUCUCCAUGGCACACCCAAGCGUGCAGCAAGACUUCCAGAAGAACCAGGUGGCUUUGGCAUUGCACCAAGCUGCCCAGUCCAAUGCCUUGUCUGAGAAGCAGAUUGCUUUUUCCUUGCACCCAGCAGGAUUAUGGACCAUAGCCAAAGUGACCAAGAAGGGUGCUCUGAAGUUAGUACCACUGGGGCACAUCACCAUGGUCAUUGAUGAGAGGCCAAACAUGCUCACCAUUGAGGCAUUCUCCAAGAAGUGGCUGAUCUCACCAUGGAAGAUGGAUUCCAUGUUUGAGAAGCCUGAGCAUCCAUUGCUGCCAUUUUGGUGGGCCAAGACAUCAAAUGACAUGGAUGUGUGCAAUUUGGAAUGGCACCAAGUGGUAGUGAAUCAGUGCAAGAUUCCAAUCCUGACCAACACAGGACCAGUGGAAGCCAAUACUCAAUUGAUUUUCCCAAAGGAUGCAGAGGAAGAGCAGGAGGAUGAGGCUCCCACUGCAGCCAAGAAGAAAAAGAGGAAGACCACAUGA